AUGACUGGUUCUUCAGCUGCUUCUCGCAAGAUUCUGAGUAAGAUUGCCUGCAAUAGGCUCCAGAAAGAACUCGUCGAGUGGCAGGUUAAUCCACCUGCCGGUUUCAAACACAGAGUCACCGACAAUCUCCAAAGGUGGGUUAUUGAAGUGACUGGUGCUCCUGGGACACUUUACACCAAUGAGACCUACCAGCUUCAGGUUGAUUUUCCUGAGAAUUACCCUAUGGAAGCUCCACAGGUCAUAUUCUUGCAUCCGGCUCCGUUGCAUCCUCAUAUCUACAGCAAUGGACAUAUUUGUUUAGAUAUAUUAUAUGAUUCAUGGUCUCCUGCCAUGACUGUUAGUUCUAUCUGCAUUAGCAUUCUGUCUAUGCUUUCAAGCUCACCUGCAAAGCAACGCCCUGAAGAUAAUGACCGCUAUGUAAAGAACUGCAGAAAUGGCCGAUCGCCCAAGGAGACAAGGUGGUGGUUCCAUGAUGACAAAGUAUGA